AUGUAUAUAUUCAUUUUCAUUUUAAGUAUUUCCACUAUCUUGGCACUAGGUUUGGUUGGAAUAGUUCAUGGAGACGAUGACGUCAUCUCUUUGGCAGGACAUCAUGCGUCAGGAAAGUCUCCGCAGAUAGUAUUCAUCAACUACUUUGAUACCUUCCCAACCAAUGCGUAUCCUCACAAAGAGGAUGGAGUGACCCGUGAAAUUCCACCCGAUGAGCGGUACUUGUUGCCACCCUCUAUGACGUACAUGAUCUACAUAGUCCUUGGUAUUCUCUCUCUUCUGAUUCUCUUCCAUUUGCUUCGUCGUCGCCCCAUUGAUCACUAUGAAGGACACGAGAAGAUGAAUUGUGAUCGAGAGGAAGAGCAGGAAUUUGAUAGAAUGAGGAAGACGAAAGAUCUGGAAGCGUCGAGACUUUAUUUCUAUAAACAACGGACAAGCCACGUGGCGACGUCGGAGAAGUUGGAGGCCACUUUUGGAAGAGAUUUCAAUCACGAGAUUAGUGGAUUGAGUGAUGCAGAGUAUGCAAAGAAAGAAAAAGUGACGAUGACAACUGUAAAGUUGAGAGGAAAGACGAUUGAUGAUGAAGAAGGGAUUUGA